AUGGCCUCGCAUACACACCAAAAGCAUCUAGACCUCAAGCUGUACCUCGUCACUGAUUCAACACCCGCCAUUCUUGGCACUCGAGAUGUUGUAUGGGUGGUUGAGGAGGCCAUCAAGGGCGGCGUCACCAUUGUCCAGUACAGAGACAAACAUGCAGACACUGGUGCGAUGGUCGAGACCGCCGCUCGUCUUCAUGCAGUCACUAAACGGUACAAUGUGCCGCUCUUGAUCAAUGACAGAAUUGACGUCGCCCUGAUCGUGGGAGCUGAAGGAGUACACAUCGGUCAAGACGACAUGUCGAUGAAGCACGCACGAAGCAUGCUUGGGCCAGACGCUAUCAUCGGCGUCACGGCAUCGUCGCGUGAAGAAGCCCAACAAGCCAUUGAUGAUGGCGCGGAUUACCUCGGAUUGGGUACAAUGUUCGCGACGCCAACGAAGCCAGACACCAAGUCCAUAAUAGGUACCAGUGCACUCAAGAUAUUCUCCGAGGAUGCUCGACGGGCACGAAGAAGGCUAUACCGUGUGUGGCUAUCGGCAGCAUAA